AGAACCGUCAUGUUUCGCUCUUAAAUAUAGGCCAAUGCCCGCGGCCUCGUUCCAUUUUGCACUCCCCCAUUUUCACGACCCAUCUAUAGACGGCAAUCAUAUUCACGAUGGCGUCCACUUCCGCUCCCUACAACUUCACCUUCACGGACCAGUACCCCAUGCUAUCAUAUUUUCGGGACCGUGAUGGCCCAAUUGACCAAGACUGGAACCUCUCAUACACCGGAAGCCCUGCGAGCUCGUGGACGCCGACAGAAGACUUCGCCAACGGGACAAGCUCACACAGCACCACGCGCGUAAACAGUGCUGUGAGCUUCACUUGGACCGGCACCGCCGUAUGGCUCUAUGGCGUGGCCGACAAGGGCGUCUAUACCGUUCAGGUAGACGGCGGGUCCGCAAAUCUAGGCAGUGGAAACGACCGGGAUGGGUUGCUCUUCUCCCAGACAGGCCUUGAUUAUACCUCGCAUACGGUCACGCUGGGCAUCAUCGAGGAUGAGCUUACCUUUACCGGCGGUAUCAUCACAGCUGGCUUGGGCACAGGCGGGUCGGUAUCGCAAAAGAACAUCUCGGCGCUGCAGGACAAUUCCCCAGGGCUUCCAUCGCAGAGCUCCUACUUCACUACAACCGGAAGCGGCUGGUCCGUGCAAGACUCGUUUUCCUAUCCGCGCCUCAACAAUGACGUACAGGGUUCUUCAGUUACGUUCACCCUUAGCGACGCGAACGCUUUCGCCGUUGUUGGAAGCCUUGCUCCGGACCACGGCGGAUUCUCUGUUUCUGUCAAGACGGUGUCGGGUGGCGGCAGCGCAAACACGACGUUUGGCAAUGCCUCGUCGCAUUGGCGCGUGUUUGACCAGAUGAAGUAUCUGGCGACGGGCCUGAACAGCUCGUCAACAUACUCUGUUACCCUUACCAACACGCAGAAUGCGACGUUUGAUCUCACAAAAGUUGUGGCAUACCAGUCAUCCAACACCGGCACAAGCUCCUCAACAACCUCAGCCACGUCAGCAUUAUCCUCGGCGACAUCGGGCUCUGAUGCAUCAAUGCAUUCGUCGCAUUCUCUAUCCACAGGAGCAAUCGUCGGCAUAGUGGUUGGUUGUGUUGGCGGAGUGUUGGUUCUCGCUGCACUCGCUGCUAUGUAUUACCGAUACAGGCAUCGGUGGCAGUACCAAACAGCCGAUCCUGUCUCACCCUAUAACAUCCGAUCAACCCAGGGCCAGGGUGAUGCAAAGGGAGUGCUUCGGAGCCCUGCAGUGUCCCUCCGAAAUAUUGAGGCUCAGCCUGAAUCCGCAGAAGCACUGAUCAACAACAGAAGUAACACCAACACAGAUAUUCACGGAAUAACCGAGAUACAGGAGGUUGAUGCAGGCAUUGUCGUGCGUCCGCCAGCCUACGACUCCACAUGGGGAAGCAGGUCGAAUCUCGGCGUUUGAUUCUCAUAUUUAUCAGGAUGUUCGCUAGGCUUUCU